GUAACCUUCGUUGAUUGUACAGUAAAACAGUAAGAAAGCGGGGUACCAAAACUGCUAUCGUGGCGAACAAGAUGGCGACCCACUUGGCCGAUUUAGAUUUUCCGCCGUAUGUCAUAAAAUGCGUCGACGAAACUCACUUUCUUGUUGCAGGAGGAGGCGGACAAGCAAAAACGGGAGUUCCAAAUGCAAUAGAGAUCUUUGAAGUGCAGAGGAGAGGGCACCGCUUAUUUGCGGACAGCAAAUUGCAAUGUGACACUGAUGUUGGAGACGAUAGGGCUGCCAUUAUGAAUGCUGCCCUACGUUUUGAUGGCAAAGAGUACCUUUUAGCAGCAGGAAAAGACGAGAACUGCCAAUUUUACAGAUUUGUUAAAACCAAAGAAGCAGUGAAAGAGGAUGAAGAGGAGCCCAAGCCUAACCAGGCACCAAACAAUGGAAAAGACACGGAUGGCACAAGGAAACGGAAGAAAGGAAAAGAUUCCAAACAGACCUCAGAUGACAAAAACUCCAAAGAAAGUACUACAAAGUCCGAGAAAAAUGCCUCCACAAACUCGCAGGAACCCACCGCUCUUGUCACCAAAUUUGACCUGGAGAGAUUAGGGUCAGUCCAGACGGACUUCACAACCGGAGACAAGUAUCAGAAAGCUGUGUGCUUUUCACCCAACGGAUUGUUCUUUGCCACCGGUGGAGCUGACGGACACGUCAGAAUGUGGUCUUAUCCUUCAUUUGAGAAGCAGUACGAGAUAGAGGCUCACUCAAAAGAAGUCGAUGAUGUCAUCAUUAACCCACUAGGAAACAGGUUGGUGUCUGCGUCCAGAGACUCAACAGCUAUCGUAUGGAGAACCGUGGACGGCAGCAAAGUGUGUGACCUGAAAUGGAACGGGGUACCAGCCGACCAGGCCAGCGGCUAUAGAGUCAGAUGCUGUAGGUUCGGCUUCACCGACAGUGACCCCAGCAAGUCCAGCAUGUACACCAUCCACAUCCCGCGCAUCCAGGGCAAGACAAAAUCCUCCUAUCUCACUCGAUGGAAUUCCAUCAAGUUCACCGCAGAGAAGACAGUGUGCACGGGGACUGACGUGCUGUCGGCUUUGAAUAUCAGCCACAGUGGCAACCUGGUAGGCGUAGGCACAAUGUCAGGAUCCAUUGGCAUCUAUGUCUCCUUUAGUUUGCAGAAAUUGCGUGUGGUGAAAGACGUGCACGGUAUCUUCGUGACAGGACUGUGUUUUGUCCCGAUGACAAGAACAACUCGUGCACUUUUAGGAGAUCUUGAGACAGCUGUGCUGAGUAUAUCAGCCGACAAGAAAGUGUCAAUCGUUGCCGUGGAACAACCAAUGGAGUUUCCAGCUUGGUUGAUGUUUGUCGGAGCCUUUCUUCUCAUUGUUCUCAUCUUCACUGGAUUAGCAGCGCUUGGGCUCAGCUUUUGAACUGUGACCCUUGACUCUUGAUAUGAUCGUUUGCACUGAUUUCGACGCCCGGCCAAUCAGAUGACGGGGAAAGGAGAAUUGUCAUGGCCCAUAGCAAUAAAGAUUACUUGAACUUGAACAAGCAUUGUCAUAUCAGAAGCUGUGUGGCUGUUACCUGUCCUCUUUUGUGAUUGGGUCUCCAAUAUGGGCUUCAGUGGGUUACAAGCCAACAUAUUGCGUACUGUGAUACUAAAUUUGGCCAGUGUAAAUGUUAAUUUGGUUGUCCUUAUUCAAUAAGGUGAGGCCUCCAGUUUACAAUAUAUUGUACAUGUUUAUAAGGCACCAGUGUUGGCAGCUGUAUUCAAAUUUUUAUAUGGCUAUGGAUAAGGAUAGUCAUCAUUUGUGUGUCAAAGGAAAGCCAUAGCCAGAGUUGUCCAAUGUUAGUAAGUGGCUGUGGAUUUCAGCCAAGUGUAAACCCACCAGUCUGAAGUCAAUCUGUAAUUGGUUGUUUAUUGAGAGUGGUCUGGUUGCCAGACUUGUUGGCGUUGUGGUUGUGUUUUCACGACCAGAGAGGUUUUUUUUUGUCAGUUAAAAUUUACGCAGUAAAUGCUUUUAGUCAUUUCUGUUAGGAUUGCAAUAUUAAUUUUGACACUAAGCAUUUUAAAAGUAUCUUCUCCAGCCCAGCCGCACCCUGGCCACACCCCAGCCGCAUCCUGGUCACACCCUAGCCGCACCCUGGCCACACCCUGAAUCAGAUGUUGUUAAUUAGGAACUAUCUUGUGCUGUACAUAUUUUAAUGUAAGAAAUGAAUCAUGAAAAUAACUCAAAAAAUAAAAUAUUAUUAAUUAUUAAAUUGACAAUUUAUAAUUGUAUUAUCAGCAGUACUUGAUUGGUAUUAAGCAGAAUACUAAUCAUUAACAUACUCUUAGGUAUUUCAUUAAGAGAAAAAAAUUGGACUUGUUUACUGAAUUUUGAAGAUGUAACUUUUAUGAUUAAAAAGUUGAUUGUAUAUUGUCAGAUGUA